UUACCUUUGUAGCGUGUCAUGUGACCAUUCCAGAUGUGCCAGAGGAAUGAACGUGUCGGCUAUAAAAAUGGAACCCGAGUUCGGUGCUAGGAUUGUCCAUUUUCACGCACACAAUGGGUGUAAGGUUUGGGCUGCUAUCCAUCUGUUUCAUGCAGAUCAGUUUGUCUGAAUCCGCCUGCAAGCUUCAAGGGCUUUUUACUUCUCCGGCGUUGUCACAGGAUGGGGAUAUUAUAAUCGGGGGUGUUUUUACUCUUCACUACAAAGGCGCAGUUCCUGUACUCUCUUACGACAGAGUUCCUAAAACCCCUGGAUGCGUGAGUUUCUUUCUGAGGGCUUUUCGCUGGGCACAAGGCAUGCUUUUCGCGAUCGAAGAGAUCAAUCGGGACAGCACCCUGCUGCCCAACGUGACGCUGGGCUACAGGAUCCUGGACUCGUGCAGCAACCCCCCCGGAGCCCUGAGAGCGGCGCUCACCGCCCUCAACGGCCGCGACCCGUUCAUUUCCGACUGGAGGUGCGCCGGAGGCUCUCCGGUGGCCGCAGUCAUCGGCUGCUCGGGGUCUACACAGUCUAUUACCAUAGCGCGGCUCCUGGGCUCGUUUGGGAUUCCUCAGAUAAGUUAUUUCUCCUCCUGUGCAUGUCUAAGCAACAAGCACGAAUACCCCACGUUUUUCCGAACAAUUCCCAGUGAUUAUUUCCAGGUGAAAGCUUGGGUUAAAGUCGUGAAGCACUUUGGAUGGACUUGGCUGGGGGCUUUUGGAUCCGAUGAUGCCUAUGGCCAGUAUGGAAUUCAGUCCUUCCUGAAGGAAGUGGAAGAUAUCAACUCCUGCGUGGCUUUUGCUGAAUAUUUUCCUGCUGUUUACACCAAGGAAAAAAUAUUGAGACACGUAGAUCUUAUUAAAGAGACGCAGGUAAAGGUCAUCCUGGUGUUUGCUACAGAAAUAGACAUGUACAUGCUGGUUAACGAGCUGGUUGAACAAAAUGUCACUGGAAUCGUCUGGCUGGCCAGCGAAAGCUGGUCUACGGCAGGUCUACUCUCCACUAAGGAGAAGUUCGGGGUCCUCGGAGGUUUGUUGGGAUUGGGAAUCCAAAGAGCUAAUCUUGAGGGCUUUAAAGAGUUCCUUGUGAGGAUUCACCCCUCGCAGCAACCUGGAAAUGUGUACGUCAAGGAAUUCUGGGAAACAACCUUCGAUUGUUUAUAUGAAACUCCCAAUGUGACAGAAAAUUCAGAUUCUCAGUUCCCAGUCAGGAAAUGCACUGGCUUAGAAGAUUUACGAUCAGUUGAAAAUAUUUACACAGAUGUCACCCAGCUACGUGUCACAUACAACACCUAUAAAGGAGUCUAUGCUGUUGCUCACGCGCUUCAUAACAUGAUGUUUUGUGAAACUGGAUUGCACAACCAGACCUGCUCUGGCAUACGGGAUAUCAAUCCUUGGGAGGUAACACAGACCUUAAAACAGGUCAAAUUCAAAACGCCCACUGGAGAGGAGGUCCAGUUUGAUCAAAAUGGGGAUCCUCUUCCCUCCUAUGAUAUAAUCAACUGGCAGCUGGACCAGCAUGGCAGGGUGCAGUAUGUAGAUAUAGGUUACUAUGAUGGCUCUGCCCCAGAAGGACAAGAACUUGUGAUAAACAAAGACGCUAUCAUCUGGAAUGGAGGCCAGAAAAAAGUUAUAAAGUCUGUUUGCAGUGAAAGUUGCCCCCCAGGGUCGAGAAAAGCGUCUCGAGAAGGACAGCCUAUCUGCUGCUUUGACUGCAUACCUUGUGCCCAAGGUGAAAUCAGCAACCAGACCGAUUCCAUUGAUUGCAUAAAAUGCCCGUGGGACUACUGGCCAAAUUCCGAGAAGACUGCUUGUUUUCCAAAACAAAUGGAGUUUCUUUCUUUCGGAGAGAUCAUGGGGAGCGCACUGACUGCCUUGGGGAUUUUUGGAGCGUGUCUGACAUUAUUUGUCACAGCGGUUUUCUUUCGUUUCAGAAGCACGCCAGUUGUCCGGGCUAAUAACUCUGAAAUCAGCUUCCUCCUCCUGGUGGCAUUAGUGUUCUGCUUCCUCUGUCCCCUGCUGUUUGUGGGAGAGCCUUCCCCAUGGUCCUGCAUGGUGAAGCACGCUGCCUUUGGCAUCAUAUUUGUUCUGUGCGUCGCCUGUGUUCUGGGUAAAACAUUCGUCGUCUUGAUGGCGUUUAGAUCAACCCUUCCUGGCAGCAACACCAUGAAGUGGUUUGGCCCAGUGCAGCAAAGGUUCACCAUCCUGCUCUUUGCAUCCAUUCAGAUAAUGAUUUGUGCUCUUUGGCUUGGCAUUUCUCCCCCGUUUCCACAGAAAAACGCAAGCCUUUUUAACGAUAAGAUUAUUCUGGAAUGCAAUUUAGGAUCUGUCACGGCGUUCUGUUGUGUUUUAGGGUAUAUUGGCGUCUUGGCUGUAAUGUGUUUCAUUUUUGCCUUCCUAGCGAGAAAGCUGCCGGACAGCUUUAACGAGGCAAAAUAUAUAACUUUCAGUAUGUUGAUAUUCUGUGCAGUGUGGAUCGCAUUUAUACCUGCUUAUGUCAGCUCUCCGGGGAAGUAUACGGUUGCAGUUGAAAUCUUUGCCAUCCUCUCCUCCAGUUUUGCAGUGCUACUGUGCAUCUUUGCUCCGAAAUGUUACAUUAUAUUGCUGAAGCCAGAGAAAAAUACUAAAAGGAACAUCAUGGGCAGGUCAAACAUCAAAAGAAAUUAACCUAAAAGUAUUAUUCUAUUGUUUAAAAGUGUACUUAAAACUAUUUGCAAGAUUUGAAAUAUAA